AUGUUGUUGCUUGGACAGUCAGAUGAUCCUGCAUUUCUGUCACCUGGUACUGAAGUUAGCGCAAAAUUUAAAGGAGCAUUCUGUGAAGCAAAAAUUAAGAAGUUGUGCAAAUCUGUUAAGUGCAAGGUUGCACUUAAGGAAGCACCUUUCGGAACUAUAGUUGUGGAAGAGCACUUAGUCAGAGGUACUUUAGAAGUGAACCAAACUGUAGAUGUUUCACAUGGAAAACAUCUGCUGAAAGGUGUUAUCCAACACAUAAAAGACUGUAGUACAUACCACGUUGUCUUUAAUGAUGGUGAUGAAAAAGUACUUCGGCGUACUCAGAUGUGUUUGAAAGGAGCUAGACAUUUUGACAGUGAAUCAAAUCUGGAUCAGAUGCCGCUCUAUAAUCCAGAACAGUUCUGUGCUCCUCCAAAGCCUCAAGCGAAAACUAAAAAGUCAAAGAAGUCGAAACGUCGUAGAGAAGAAGACAGCGAAGAUGACGAUGGGAAGAAAAGGAAAAAGCGAGCAGCUGCUUCGGCUGCUUCCGUUGCGAUUGGUGAAAUGGAUCAAGGAGAUACAGAAGAAAGUGGGGAUGGUGACAUGAGCAGCAGCGAAGAAGAAUCCAGUGAAGCAGAAGCGGAGACUGAGAGGGAAGAAAGGAAGAAAAAAGAAAGAGAAGACGAAAAAGAGGAAGAAUUCAGUCGAAAGGCGCAACAAACCCAGAAAAGCGAAGCUGAGCAACUAGAAGAGAAGCGUGAGAAGCUUCGUGCUGGUAGCGUCGUAUGUGUUUACGAAGAUGCACAACUUCGUGGAAAAUGGUACCCUGCAGUUGUGGUUGCUCAAAAAGCCUAUAGAGAUGGAAAUAACAAACCGAAAACUCUUGGAAGGAAUGAAGUACCUAUUCGAAGUUUCCAAAAUGGAAAAUAUUUCGUCGCCUCACUUGCGAACCUAGUUCUGUUGGACGAUCAGCCUGUGAGCAAAAAAACCCUCGAUGCGAUGAGUAAUCCGCAACGCACAGCGGUCGAUAGAGCGAAUGCAUUCAAUAGUAAAGGUACACUCCCGAAUAAUUGGACUGCGAAAGAAAUUUACGCCGAAACAAGUAUACCUAAGAAGAAAGAACCUACAAGAGCUGAAGACGCAAAAACGGCUAAAAAGGAGGCUGAAGCAGCAAAGAAGGAAGAAAAUGCAAAGAAAAAGAAAACUGUCGAGAAGAAAGUAGAAAGCAGUUCGGAGAUCUCCGAAGGCAGCGACGAAGAGGAGUAUGGAGAAGAGAGAGAUUUGUUUGUGGCACAGCUUUAUAAAUUCCAAGAGGAAAGAGGUACCCCUAUUAAUCGUGCUCCUAUUCUUGGCGGAAAGGAUAUAGAUUUGUAUCGGUUUUAUCGCGUAGUUCAAGACUAUGGUGGCUGUAAAAGAGUAACAACGAACCAGUUGUGGCGAAAGGUUCUUAUCAAACUUCAUCUAGAGGGAUGUCCUGGUGCAACCCCCGUUACUGUAAGAAAGGCAUACAUUAGGUAUUUAGCACACUUCAAUUCAUUCUAUAAAAGGCUAGGGUGGUCGCUCGAUGAGUUAUCCAUUACAUCCACCAUCAACAGUCCAAGAGAACGUCGUCUCAUUCGACCUGCUGAACUACUUAAUCAAAGGCCAGUAAAGCGAAGAAAGUCCAGCGCCGCCGAAGCCAAAGAGAAGGUGACCAAGAAGAGUAAAACUGAUGGAAGAGACUCGAAGGAAACGUCUCGGGAUCCUGAAUCUAGGAACCAACGGGAAAGAUCCACCCUUAGUUGUUCUCCUUCUACGUCCACCAGCUCGGAGAAACCAAAAAAACUUGAUAAAGAAGAAGAGGAGAAGAAGGUGGAUCGAAAGCAGAAAGAUGAGGAACUAAAAGAGAAGGUUCAGAAAAAGGAAAAGAAAGAAAAAACGAAAGAGAAGGAGAAAGAAGAGAAGGCUAAAGAAAAGGAGGCGAAAGUGAAGUUAAAACGAGAAGAAGAAGUAAAGGAAGUUGAAGAGAAACGUCCAGAGAAAGCUACCAUCGCCAAAGAAGAAGUUAGGGAGGAAGCUGCAACCGUUAAAGUAAAAGCGUCCCCAUCGAAAGCUGAGCUUGAAGUAAUCGCCAGAACCGAAAGGACAGAACGACGGGAUAGCGAACGUGAGAAGAUUGCUGCUGUCAUGGAUAAAGAUGUUCCAGUAGAGAAGAAGGACCAUGAUAUGAGCGAUGAGGAUGGUGAUGGCAAAAAGAAGAAGGAAAGAAAGAAAUUAAGUAAGUCAGACAAGAAAGAUCCCACGGAUCCUACGAAAUCUAAAGAUCCUGAUGAAGGAUACCGGCCCUCUAACAUUGUUUCACGAUUCUACCUGGGUCAAAAAGUGCGAGCUUAUCACCAUGGACGAUGGUAUGACGCUCGUGUGGUUACUGUUGAUCAGCCUUCUGUCAAAGAAAUGGCUGAAAUAAUGGAAAUGCACGAUGAGGAGGGUAUUGGACUUUCCUCGCAAGCUGUUGCUCGCCUCCGCGUUGUUUUGUCUUCAACGCGGUGUUUUGUGCAUUAUCUUGGUUGGAACUCUAGGUACGACGAAUCCAUAACUCUGAACAAAAUUCGUCUUAGCGAAAAGGAUGAUCAGACCUCUAUGGAUGCGAUCAAACGUGAAAUGGGUGAACGAAUUCCGAAAUCGCGCCUUGAUUUUUUGUUGCGUUGGUCGAAUUCCACAGAUGGCGUGGAGAGUUUGACAAGGGAGGAUGAUGCUGCGCCUACUCAUUUGUUUAGCAUGGGUGGUUAUCGUCCUCGACGAGUUUCGAUCUCUCAAUACGAACAGUUAACAGCUGCUGCAGCAGAGGGGCUGAAAAGAGAGUCCUCCAAGUCUUCUAUUGGCAUACCUCUGAAAGUUGCAACUCCCCUGCGAGCCAAAACUCCAACUGCAGGAACCUCCAAAGUUGAACAUUCCAUGAUCUCCCCGCCAAGUGUUGGCGUAUCUCCUCCUUUACGAUCUCCAACACGAGGCCAUGAACCUGCAGCAGCAGUCUCGCAUCAUGCACAACGUGUUUCUUCCCCACCGUCUGCAGUACAAGUAAAGCGUCCGCGAACGAUGUCUUUCGCUGGAAAGGAGAGCAUAGUAGCUGCAGGGUUACCUGGUCCUUCCUCUUCUCUACCGACAACAAUUUAUAUUGCUACCUCACAUGAAAAGAUGAUAGUAACUCCACCGCAGAAGAUACUGUCGCCACCGCCACCUCCACCACCACCACUACCGCCAGUUCCUGAAGAGAUCUCCAGAAGUUUCGAGUUCGCCUCCAUGUAUGACGUAGAACGAGCAAAACAACCAUCUCCCUUGUUGGUGUUCAAAACGUCUGUUAAAGACAGUGCUGCAUUAACAUGCAAUGAACCACCUCCAAAAGAAAAGAAAAGGCCGCCACGAGUUUCGUCAGCGAAAGAGAAAACUCCAAUGGAUGAUGGCGGAGAUGUUGGAGUCAUUGUAAGCGCCUACUGCGACUUUGAACUCGUUGCAAAAAGCCCAAUGUGCGGGAAAAUUGCUGGAAGAAGAGGAAGUGAAGCACUGAUGGCUUCUGAUGAGCAUCUCAGGAAAAAUCUUGAUACUGUUACUCACACAUGUUCACAUAUGGAAGUAAAGAAAGAAGAGCCGGAAAUGAAGGUGGAAACCGAAGCUGCUGCUAUAUCACAAGCUGCCGCUCAAGAAGAUUCAGAUGCAGAGCCAUCUGGUUCAGGGACACCGAUGAGAACUGAUGGAGAAGACAAUGACAAAUGGUCAACAUCGGAUAAUCAAUCGGCUGGAGGACGAAUGAUGUCACCAGGAAGAGGUCGCGGAAACAAGCGGAAACGAGCUCCGUACAACCGACACAGCAUCAUGGUGGUUGAUCGGAAGUACGUUCGAGCAAAGGCAACUAAUAAGGAGGACCGAAAAGAGGAUGAUUCUUAUGGGGAAGAAGAGGAAGAAGAAGUUACUCGAGAUACCUUCAUAUCUAUGAAGAACAAAACAUAUCGAAUGAUGGAGCAGGAGCAUUCUUUAGACAAUUUUGAUAUUCUUGGUCUGGCACCUCUUGGGGAUCUAACACUUAUGACCGAAGAUGCCAUUGAGGUUCUGGAUAAGCGAUUAAACGAACUCCGAGAAAUUUAUCAUAACUCAAGAGCAGAACUACUUUUAAUGGAAAGAAGAAGACGAAAGAGGGCUGAGAAAAGAAAAGAACGAGAACGGGCUUUUCGUGAAGCGUCGGCUGCCGAGAAGUAA